AGGCUGCUGGCUCCCUCCUGGAGGCUUGAAAGGAAACCGCCGUGCCCGGGCUCGGGCCGGUUGGUGUGGAGAUGGGGCCACAGCUGCCCUUGGCCCCUCCUGCCCUCUGGGUCCUCACUGGCUUUGCACUGCUUCUCGGGCUGUGGGCGCUGUGCGCAGCCUGCCACAGGAAGCAGGCACCAAGGCCGCGGGCGGGGCUGCAGGGUGCUGUGAUGCCAGUAGAUGUGUCGCUGUUGAGACGGACCCACCUCUGCGCCCUCAGCAAAUCAGACACCAGGCUGCAUGAGCUGCACCGGGGUGCACGAGGCAGCCAAGCCCCGCGGCCUGCCAGCAUGGACCUCCUGCACCCACACUGGCUGGAGGGGUACAGGGGCACCCCCAGGCCACCUGCAGCGCUCCCGACCUUUCCACACCAAGAACCGGCCCGGCCCCCGCCUGUUGUCACCACCUCAGCCUCCUCUGGCCCCAAGGCUACCUAUUCCACUGUGGGGCUGGCUGCGCUCCCCAGAGUCAGCCUGGCGGCCAGCCCUGAAAUGUGGUCAGGGGCCCGGUUGACCAGCCACUGGGCCAGGCCCGGGGCGGGACCCAUGGUGGCUGAGUAUGCCUGCAUCCAGAAGCUCAAGGCGACAGACAAGGGCCUCCCAGGGCAGGAGGGGAAGGCUGAGGUGACCCCAGCCACGCAGGUGGACAUCCUGUACGCCAAGGUCAACAAGCCUAAAAGGAGGGCUGCAGGGCCCAGCACAGAGCGGCCGGACUCGGAGGGUGCGGGAUCGUCGCUGGCCCGCCUGCAGAGGGGCCCGGGUGUGGACCACAACCCCCUGGAAAAUGUGUAUGAAAGCAUCCAGGAGAUGAGCCCCGAGCGCCGGAGCCCCCCAGCCGGCUGUUAGCAGGAAUGGACCACGCAGGGCACCAGCCCCCUCAGCCGCAGGGAGGGCUUGGGGACCUGCUGUGUGGACAGUAGAGGACCGUGUCUGAAUAAAUUCCCGUCUCUCAGAGAACGAAUGCCGCUUCUCAUAGCUGCGGUUCCCGAAAUCCCGGGGAGUCGGCGGAUUGCCUGGAAGAUGAAGGGGCUACCGCCUCUUGCUUGUUGCGAGCUCCC